ACUCUGUAUGGCAACCUUCAAACUUGGAUGUGAUAUCAAGGUGUGGGAUAGUUUUCAUUGAUUUUAAAAGGCAUUUCCAUCAGGAAUCAAUGCAAAUUCUGUGAGAGGACUCUUUGCUCUUUGACCUUCUAAAGACUCAUUAUGGGAACCCCAUGAUCUACAUCACUGAGAACGGGGUCUCAGAGAAGAUGAUGUGCACAGAACUGUGUGAUGACUGGAGGACACUGUAUUACAAGGCUUACAUCAAUGAGAUGCUCAAAGCUAUCAGGGAUGGAGUGAAUGUGAAGGGCUACACUGCUUGGUCCCUUCUGGACAAGUUUGAGUGGGAUGAGGGCUAUUCAGAGAGGUUCGGCCUGUAUUAUGUGGACUUCAGGAACAAAAAUAAGCCUCGCUACCCCAAGGCCUCUGUUCAGUUCUACAAACACAUCAUUAAGUCUAAUGGAUUUCCCAAUCAGAGAGAGGUUGAGAACUGGAAAAGGAAAGCUACAGAGACUUGCUCCACCAGCAAUCAGCUCCUGGCUGCAGAGGAACAGCGGAAUACGGCUGCCAAUAUUCUAAGACUUAUUCAUGAUCCUUUAACCAUCCACAUGGAGAUGGUGACCGAGGUUGUGGUUCCCACGGUGUGCACCCUCUGCAUUUUGAUCAGCGCUGUCUUUCUCAUGUUCCUACUCCGCAAACGAAACUAACUCACUUUUUUUAAAGGAAACAAAACAAAACAAAAACUGGAUUUGGCCCUUGUUUCUUGGUUAAUACUAUUUUGCAUUGGUUAAGGAUACUAUGCUGAAAUGAUAUAGGCAAAUAGUCAUCUGGUUUUGGAAAAACUAGAUGCCUUAAACCCAGUUGAAACCUUAGACAUCUGCCAACUGAAGUGGCUGUAUAUACACUACCAUUCAUAACUUUGGGGUCAGUAAAAAAAAAAAUUUU